AUGCCCCUGCAGGUGAAACUCCAGGGAGCCCUGGGCCCUCUGAGGAAGGAGCUGGAAGAGGUCCUGGCUCUGACGUUUAAAGAGGAGAAGAAAACCACAGAGUGGCAGAGGUCCAGUCACACACUGCUGAGAGCGGAGGAGCAGCUGCUUCUGCAGAGCCUGGAGGAGGAGGAGAGGGCGACUCUGCAGAGACUACAGGAAAAUGUCACCAAACUCUCCCAGCAAAGCUCCUCUCUGCAGCAGCUGAUCACAGAGAUUGAGGAGAAGUGUCAGCAACCAGUUGUCGAGCUGCUAAAGGAUGUGAAAAGCACAUUGAGCAGAAGUGAGAAUGUGAAACUUCAGGAACCAGAAGCUGUCUCUACUGACCUGAAGGACAUGUAUAAAAUUUCCCUUGACAUGAAUGAAGUGCUGAAGAAAUUUGGAGUGGACGUGACUCUGGAUCCAGACACGGCUCAUCGCUGGCUCGUCCUGUCUGAGGAUCGGAAACAUGUGAGACUUGGAGACAAACGCCAGGAUCUGCCCGACAACCCUGAGAGAUUUGAUAAAUAUGCCAUUGCCCUGGGCGCUGCUGGGUUUGCGGGCGGGAGGCGUUACUGGGAGGUGGAGGUGGGAGACAAGACAGACUGGGACCUGGGGGUUUGUAGGGAAUCUGUGAGCAGGAAGGGGCCGGUCACACUAACAACCAAACAGGGAUACUGGGUCUUGCGGCUGGAGGAUGGGAAAUACAAAGCCUUCACCUACCCCCUGACCCCCCUCCCCGUGAGCGUCAGGCCCAGCCGGGUCGGGAUUUUCCUGGACUAUGAGGCGGGCGAGGUCUCAUUUUACAAUGUUACUGACAGGUCCCAUCUCUUCACUUUCACUGACACCUUCUCCAGGACUCUCCGCCCUUAUUUCUGUCCCUGGGUCAGUGCUGGGGGUACAAACGUGGCUCCCCUGAUAAUCUGCCCAAUCCCAGCUCAGGCCGGAGGGAAUCUCUGUCCCUGA